UUGCUCUGGAAAAAUCUUUUCGUUCUGUUUCUGCGCCAGAAAACCCUAAUAAUCUGCUUCUUGUUCUUGAUAACGAUCUAGGGCUUGCUCUUUGUUCUGGUACACCAUGGCCGUGUACUAUAGGUAUAAAAGUGAAAGAGAUUUCGAUUCAAUUGACAUAAAUGUGCCCUUCAUCUCAAUUGGUAGUUUUAAACAAAGAAUUUUUGAAUCCGCGCGCUAUGGUUGGGGUAAAGAUUUCGACCUUGCGGUCAUUAAUGCCCACACUAAUGAAGAGUAUCUUGAUGAAGCAAUGCUGAUUCCUAAAUAUAGCUCAGUUUUAAUUCGUCGACUUGCUAGAUUGCCACGCAUGGCCGUGGUUGCUGACCGAGCGCCGGUGGUAGAAAAUACGAUGGUCAAUGCUGAACCAGAAAAGAGUAGCUUACCAGCUACUGUUGCUUCUACCAUGAUAUUUCCUGACGACUCAGAGUGGAAUGGCUUUUGGAAUGAUGUGAAUGGAACUCCUGAAGUGCCACCUGUUCAGUCAAGCAAUCCAACUGUGGAAGCUCCCCCUACUAAUAUAGUUGAUGAGGAAAGCAAGAUUAAAGCUCUAAUUGAUACUCCAGCCUUGGACUGGCAAUGUCAUGGUCCUGAUGGUUUUGGCCCUAGCAGAGGAUUUGAAAGGGGUAUAGCUGGUAAAAUGGGCGGACAUGGUUUUGGGUUUGAGUGGAAAACACCUCCGCAGGGCUAUGUGUGUCACAGGUGCAAGGUGCCCGGGCACUUUAUUCAGCACUGCCCUACAAAUGGUGAUGCAAAGUUUGACAUUAUAAGGGCGAAACCACCAAAUGGCUCAUAUACGUUGUCAAGUGGUGCAGUAGCUUUGAAACCAAAUGAUGUUGCUUUUGAGAAAGAAGUGGAUGGUGGGGUACCAUCCACAUGUUCUGUUGGUGAGCUACCACCUGAGCUCCACUGCCGGUUGUGCAAGAAAGUAAUGAAAGAUGCUGUGCUGAGCAAGUGUUGUUUUGAGAGCUUUUGCAAUAAAUGUAUCAGUGACCACAUAAUCUCAAAGACAAGGUGUGUAUGUGGGAAAAAAAAUGUUCUUGCUGAUGAUCUCCUUCCAAAUAAAACGCUCAGGCAUACAAUCAAUCGUAUAUUGGAGGGUGGUAACAGUAGUUCUGAAACUGCUGGAAGUACCUUUGCAGUUCGAGAUAUGGAAUCUGAUCAUUGUCUGCUGCCCAAAGUUCCAUCCCCAACAUCACUGGGGAGUGCUCUCUUGGCUGAGGAAGAAGUUCACCAGAAAGUGCCUACCAGUGAGGCUGGUAACGUUUUAUUCUGUGGAAAGAAAAAGGAAAAGAAUAAAGCCCGCAUGCCUGCAAAUGAUUUACAGUGGAAAACCUCUGAAGACCUUGCAGCUGAGAACAAUAUGAUGCCUUCUGGUCCCUCUGCCUUUAAUCCAUACUGGACUGGCAUGCAACCUGGUAUGGAUGGGUGUCUGGCACCAUAUCCUGGUGCUAUGCCUUACAUGGGUUAUGGGAUACUUCCUUUUGACAUGGCUUUUGGGGGUAUUGUACCUCAAGACCCAUUUGGUGCACAAGGCUAUAUGUUCCCUUCUAUUCCACCUCAAAGGGAGUUUACCAAAGAUUGGGAGUUUGGUGGGGUAGUGAACCGCGUUGCUGAUGUUCCUUCAAUAAAAUUCAAAUGUAAGCAUAUCUCCCCUUUAACAUGCAUCCACCGCCAUGGUCCAGCUAAGAGGAAAUCAGAGUACUAUGCAAACGGAGAAGUGAGCAAGAAGAAGAGAGAGGCCACCAGUGCAUUUGGACAUUCGACGCAUCAUCGGUCAGCACGAGUAGCUUAGGAUUCAACUUCAGCACACCAAUUUGUGGAGAAAUUUUGACCUGAAAUCUUAAUUGUUUUCUUUUAAAAAAAGAAAAUAUUGUAUUUUAUUUUAUUUUUAGAAGUGUUUUUUGUGUUAAGAAUAUUUUUGUAGUUUGUUUUAAAAAGUGUAUUAGUGGUGGAGCACUGGAGCCACAUUUGAACAUUUGUUUGGUUAAUCAGUAUUUGUAUAGAGUUUUCAAGAAUAUAUAUUAAAUUUUCUUUUCACAAACAGACCUUAGAAUUG